AUCCACUUGGUUUGUAGUUCCUACAAAAAAUAAAUGUCACAAACAUUUUUGCACAUGUGGGUCCCUUUCCUAGAAUAGAAUUCUUAAUCUCUCUUAUAUCAUAGAUCUCUUUGGCAGUCUGGUGCCUUCAUGAACCUCUUCUCAGAAUAAAGUUAAAAUGCAAAGAUAAAAUAUAUUGAAACACAUUUAUUAAAAUAUUCUUUUAAAAAUUUCACAGACUACAGAUCACAGACCCUAAAAUUGAAUCUUUGUGACAGUUUUAAUAGAAAGAUAAAUUUGUCUUAUGCUCACUACCUUUAUCAGAAGUUUUUAAUAUGAAAUUUUGCUUGCUAUAAUAAAUAUGGUAUAUGGAAUAACCCAGAUCUCCCUGAGGGUGAGUGGGCAAAGGAGAAGUUAGGAGCAGAGCCAAGAUAGGGAUUUGGACUGGGUAAGCAGUUUUCUGGGCACAACACUUAAGGUGGAGUGCCAUGAAGAGUAGCUUCUAUUCGUUUUUAAAUUGCACAUUUUUAACACCAGAAAACUCUACCAUACUGCAUAAAGGUAUUAUAAGUCAAGUCACACGUGCUACAGUGGCAGUCAGAACAUGUGGUGGAUAUUAAAUACAUGUAAGCAAACCUUGUCUAGAGUAUGCAGACCUGUAGUUUCGAUUCUUCCCAGCAGGAAUAGAAAAAAAAAAAAGACUCUCCUUAUCUAUAAGAUGCUUCUGGGUUCAUUGUCGAAGGUCCCAAGACUUUAGAAAAUAUCCACUUUGGGAUUCAUUCCACCCUGUUCAUACCAUUUGUCAUUGUUAUCAUAACCUACAAGGAGCAUUUUGCAAACCUUUGCAAACAGUAAAAGUGCUAUGUAAAUGCUACUAGCUAUUCUUAUCAUCCCUGAUGUUCGGAUGGGACUGGGCAGUUUACAAAGAUUUUUUCAUAUAUUACUUGAUCCCACCUCCAUCACUUAGUUUGUCAAUAAGCUUUAAUUACUAAGUACUGAGUUAAGCUCUGGAGAUUAAAAAAAGAAAGAAAGAAAAAGAGCAAAACCAGGGUUUCUGUCCUCAAGGAUGGCGUAUUCUAGACCUCAGUGUCCUCAUUUGUAAAAUGAAGGGAUUAGAUUUGAUGGCCUAGAAGGUUCUUUCCAGCUUCAAAUCUUCAAAUAUAGUGGAAGAAAUGUUUAUAGUGAAGAAAUUAUCUUUUUUUUUUUUUUUUUGCUGAGGCAAUUGGAAUUAAGUGACUUGCCCAGGGUCACAUAGCUAGGAAGUGUUACAUGUCUAAGGUCAGAUUUAAACUCUGGUCCUCCUGACUUCAGGGUUGGGCUGGUGCCCUAUCCACUGCGCCACCUAGCUAAUCCAAAUCACCUACCUUGUGAAGUAUUGAAGUAUUUGAAGUAUUCUGAGAGAGGAAAAUUAUUUUCCACACAUCUCUUCAUACAUGGUAGUUUCCUUUUUCUUUAGCUCUUACCUAUUUUAUAUGACUUACAUAAUCUUAUUCCUUUGUCAAGAGUUUAUCCCAUAGGAGAGGUUAAGAAUCUUUGCUGACUUCUACUUCUUUUCAUACUAAAACUUAUAACAGGUAUGAAGAGGCAGAUCAGGAUUCUCUGGGAUGAAAGAUUGAGGGAAAAACUAGGAAGAGAAGAGCUGUCCCAAAUUCCAGGCAGUAGUUCACAAAUUGUCCAGCCUGUGUGACCCUGGCAGACUUAAUCAAAAUGUCUGUCAGCGUCCAUGAGAACCGCAAGUCCAGGACAAGCACAGGCUCUAUGAACAUCACCCUUUUCCACAAACCUUCCCACCCAGACUGUGUCUUGUCCCACCUCAACACCCUGAGGAAGCACUGUAUGUUCACAGAUGUCACUCUCUGGGCCGGGGACCGCUCGUUUCCCUGCCACCGGGCUGUGUUGGCCGCCUCUAGUUGCUAUUUCGAAGCCAUGUUCAGCCAUGGCCUACGAGAAAGUCUGGAUGACGCAGUCAACUUUCAUGAUAGUCUCCAUCCAGAAGUGCUCGAGCUCCUGCUGGACUUUGCCUAUUCCUCCCGGAUCAUCAUCAAUGAGGAAAAUGCUGAGUCCCUGCUGGAAGCGGGGGACAUGCUCCAGUUCCAUGAUGUGCGAGAUGCUGCAGCUGAGUUCUUAGAGAAGAAUCUCUUCCCCUCCAACUGUCUGGGUAUGAUGCUCCUUUCAGACGCCCACCAGUGCCGCCGCCUUUACGAGCUCUCUUGGCGCAUGUGCCUGGUACAUUUUGAGACGGUGCAGCAGAGUGAAGACUUCAAAAACCUCUCCAAGGACACCCUGUUGGACUUGAUCUCCAGUGAUGAGCUUGAGACCGAGGAUGAACGCGUAGUCUUUGAAGCCAUUAUUCAGUGGGUGAAAUAUGACUUGGAUGAGAGAAAAGUGUACCUCCCAGAGCUUCUACGCAGUGUACGGCUGGCCCUGCUGCCCUCUGAAAUCCUAAAGGAGGCCAUCGCCUGUGAGGACCUUAUUAUGGCAGAUGAGCGCAACAAGCUUAUCAUGGACGAAGCUCUCCACUGCAAGAAGAAGAUUCUGCAGAAUGAUGGCGUGGUCACUAGCCCCUGUGCCCGACCCCGAAAGGCAGGCCACACUCUUCUGAUCCUUGGAGGCCAGACCUUCAUGUGUGACAAGAUCUACCAGGUGGACCACAAAGCAAAGGAAAUCAUCCCCAAGGCAGACUUGCCCAGCCCCCGGAAGGAGUUCAGUGCCUGCGCCAUAGGCUGUAAGGUCUAUGUGACAGGGGGGAGGGGCUCUGAGAAUGGUGUCUCCAAAGAUGUCUGGGUGUAUGACACUGUCCAUGAAGAGUGGUCCAAGGCUGCUCCUAUGCUGAUUGCCCGUUUUGGUCAUGGCUCAGCUGAGCUGGAGAAUUGUCUUUACGUAGUAGGGGGUCACACGGCAGUGGCUGGGGUCUUCCCAGCCUCCCCCUCUGUUUCUUUGAAGCAAGUAGAGAAGUACGACCCCGGAGCCAACAAGUGGACGAUGGUGGCUCCUUUAAGGGACGGAGUCAGCAACGCCGCAGUGGUGAGUGCUAAGCUUAAGCUCUUUGUCUUUGGCGGCACGAGCAUUCACCGGGACAUGGUGUCCAAAGUUCAGUGCUACGACCCAUCCGACAACCGAUGGAUGAUCAAAGCAGAAUGUCCUCAGCCUUGGCGCUAUACAGCGGCUGCUGUACUGGGCAGCCAGAUUUUUAUCAUGGGGGGUGACACAGAAUUCACAGCAGCUUCUGCCUACCGCUUUGAUUGCGAAACCAACCAGUGGACACGGAUUGGGGACAUGACAGCCAAGCGCAUGUCGUGCCAUGCUUUGGCCUCGGGCAACAAGCUCUAUGUGGUGGGUGGAUACUUUGGGACCCAGCGGUGUAAGACAUUAGACUGCUAUGACCCUACCUCAGACACGUGGACCUGCGUCACAACAGUACCUUACUCGCUCAUCCCCACAGCCUUCGUCAGCACUUGGAAACAUUUGCCUGCAUGAGAAGCCCUUAGGACAGUGACUUCAACCCCAGGAACUCAGACAGAUGCUGUCAUCAUGUUUAGUCUCAUCUCUUGGCUGCAGUCUGCACCAUGAUGGAGGUACCCAGCCCUGUUCUCUCUCAGGGAGCCUUAGUACAACUACUCACGUUUUCCUCAUCUGAACCCUCCAGCACUCAGAAGACUGAAGUGGAAUCUUCAAGAGCAGCACCCAAGAUGGGGGAGAAAUAGCAGCCUGCUGCCCUUCAGCCCACCGGAUAAUUAAAGCCUCUGGAGUUUUGAACAAGAAAAGAGAAGCUGCUUCCACAGAGAACUCUUGGGACCAAAGACCCUUUCGGCUACAGUUUGAGUUUGGUGAGGGGAGAUGGAGGCCAAGGGAGAGCGCUAGGGGGAGGGUAGUAUUUCACACAUGGCAAAGAACUAAGUAUUUGCUUGUCUGUUUCACACAACACGCCUGCCCCACUAACUCUUUGAGGAUGGUGGGGAAAGAGGGAGCAGCAUCCUUGGUAGAGGGACAGGAGUGAGCCACUUGAGCCAGAAGAGGGUUGGGGACCUCUGGAGGGUACGUGGCCUCCAGCACUUUGCACUAAGGUUUGCCAUUUCCUUCUGAGCCGGAAUUGCCAGCACAGCCUAAUACUGGGCCCAGAACCUGCUAAAUCAGGAAUGUUAUAAACCUCAUUUCAAAGCUUGUAACUUGGAUCAAGUGUUUCAGAUGCGACACACACCGGGUCACCCAGGAUGGGGGCAGGGACGGGGAGGGAGCUUCUGAACUCUUGGUGUUCUUGGACUUCUGGCUCUGUCAGGCUGCUGAGAGCUGAGGGGGGCAAAGGACUUUCAGGACUGAAAGAAGAUAGGAACCUAAAGGGGAAGGGGCUGUGGCCAAGGAGGCAGCUAAGCUUGUUGAAUAUGUCAGCUUUGGGAUGGCAUCAUCCCAAGCCCCAAAGGAGAGACCUCCCAAGACUCCAUCCAAGCCACCUCCUGCCCUCUCCCCCAAAUCUCCCAGAACUGGGUGGCUCCGAGACAGACGUAGGGCCUUCAUGCUAAUGUGAAAACAAACCUCCCUGUGCUCUUUGCUGCCUGAUUCCCUCCUACACACCCGCAGAAGAAGCAAAUAAAAGGGUUUUAGAGAGAAUUGCCAGGCCUCCUAAGUCAUUGAUGUCCUCACUCCAGGCCCUCACUUCUGGCAGGAGCCACCAUCUGAUACUUCCUUAGAAGUCAGUUCCAGCUCAUGUCACUGUUUAACAAAUCUGCUUUUAAUGAUGUUGAAGCUUUUCCAGACCCAGUGGCACUGAUUUAAGGGAGAAGAAUUCUUCAUUUUUACAAGGGACUCAGGAGCACACUGAACUUUACUGCAUCCCCAAAUUGUAGCUAUGUAGUGAGACCAUUGAGGGAACUGUGCCUGGCUUGUUAACCAUCUGCUAGUGUGAUGCUGACUCUAUUAGUCUGGCUCAAAUGACAAUGCAGUAACUUUAGAGAACAUUGCCUUUAUUCCCCCAGCCCUCCUGCCAGCCUCAUCUGGUAGUUUCUCUCUUUGCAAAGUAGGAUUGCUAGUCAGGAUCUCUUAGCCAUUGAGUUUGCGUUUUUGCCCCUUACUGGGUAAACAGCAGGUUAGGUGAAUCAUGGGUUCCUUUUGCUACAGAACUUUCCUGGGUUGCAAAAUGUUCUCCAUCCCCUAAUUAGCUCUGUAGAAGGGGUGAGCCCAUCACCUCUAUGAGUCAACUUAGAUUUUGAAGAAUUGUAUUGCCAGAGAUCCAGCAGACCUCUCCACAGUCCCACAGGAAACAGUGGAGCCUAUACUAUUGAUUAUAUAACAGAGAAGCAUCUAGCUAAUAUCCUAGUGGGUGGUCAGAUUUUAUUCUGGCCCAGGGGUAAGAAAGUGACCUGGACGAACAAUGCAAGAUGACUUCCUGCCCAUGACUUUUGACAGGAAUGGGUUGGUUUGAGUCUGCUUCCACAGUUCCUUUUGACUUCCUUCUUGCUGGUUAGCUGACAAGAGCACACAGACUCCUCACACACAGCCUUUGUAUGCACAAAAGACAAUUCUGUUGGUUUACUGAAAAUUGUGUAGCUUUUACCCAGUUUUCUAACAAUAAAAAAUAUUAGGAAAUGAUGUGGUUUUUGGGAGGGAUGAGGGGAAAUGAGCGUGUGGCAAUAAAUUUUGUUUACUGUA